AUAUUUCUAUUGAUCGAAAUCAACCCUGGUUGAAUUCCGGCAAGUUCUACAUCUCAUCUCUCAAGAAUAAGUUUGUCGCCUUUGGCUGUGACACACAUGCCGUGAUUAGGACAUCAACCAUUUCGGGACAAACACACGAUGCAACGGGCUGCAUGUCCCUAUGUAACAGCAUAAAUGACACAACAGAUGGGACUUGCUCGGGCAUUGGCUGUUGUGAAGCAUCUAUUCCCAAAAGGGUCAAAAGUUUUGAGAUAAUAGUCAGAAGUUACAACGAACACUCCUCUGUAGAGAGCUUUAAUCCAUGUAGCUAUGGCUUUGUUGCUGAACAAGGAACUUACACUUUCUCUUCAAACGUCUUGGGAAAUUCUUUCGCUCUCACAAAUGUUACACACCCGAUGAUACUUGAAUGGUCAAUAGGAAAUUCCAACUGCGAUCAAGCCAAGAUCAAUGCCACAACUUAUGCGUGCAAAGACAAUACUAACUGCCAAGACUUCGAUAAUGGAAUUGGAUACCAAUGCAAUUGUUCUAAUGGCUACCAGGGAAAUCCUUAUCUUGGUUGCACCGAUAUUGAUGAGUGUGAGCUUUCAAGGCCAUGCAACAUGACAUGCACAAAUUUACCAGGUACAUACAAGUGUAGUUGCCCUUAUGGAUAUGAAGGUGAUGGCGAGAAAAAUCCAGGUUCAUCGGGUUGUCGUCGUAUUCCCAAAAACAAAGUUCCUUGGAACAACAUUGCACUUGGUGUUAGUAUAAGCAUAUCAUGUCUACUUCUUGGGGCAUCAUGGAUAUACUGGGCUUUCAGGAAAAGGAAAAUCAUCAAGCUAAAAGAGAAGUUCUUUGAACAAAACGGGGGCAUUAUGUUGCGUCAACAGCUCUUCAAUCCAGAAGGGGAAGCACAAAAUACUACUCGUCGUUCUUCCAACAUCUUUGGGGAAGAUGAACUCAAGAAGGCUACAAGUAACUACCACGAGAGUCGAAUUCUCGGCCAGGGAGGCCAGGGAACCGUGUAUAAAGGAGUAUUGACUAAUGACACUAUAGUUGCAAUCAAGAAAUCCAAACAAGUUGACAAAACCCAAAUCGAUCAAUUCAUCAACGAAGUUAUAAUCAUCACCCAAAUCAAUCAUAGAAAUGUGGUGAAGCUCAUCGGUUGUUGUUUGGAGACAGAGGUUCCCAUGCUAGUCUAUGAAUAUGUUAGCAAUGGAACUCUAUACGACCAUAUCCAGCAAGGCGAUCAUAAAAGACCUUUGCUUUCGUGGACAAACCGUUUGAGGAUUGCAACUGAAACAGCAGGUGCCCUGUCUUACUUACACGGAGCUGCUUCCAUACCCAUCAUUCACAGAGACAUUAAAUCGACAAACAUACUCUUAGAUGAGAAUUAUACUGCAAAAGUGUCGGAUUUUGGAGCUUCCCGUUUAAUCCCCAUGAAUCAAACUCAAUUGACAACAUUGGUUCAAGGUACACUUGGAUAUUUAGAUCCUGAAUAUUUUCAUUCUAGUCAGUUAACCGAGAAGAGCGACGUGUAUAGUUUUGGAGUGCUUUUGAUUGAGUUGAUGACAAGCAAGAAGGCACUAGACUAUGAAAGGCCAGAGAAAGAGCGAAACUUGGCCAACUAUUUUAUCGCGUCCUUCAAAGAAGACUGUUGGCAUGAAAUUGUGGAUCAAAAGAUGAUAGAGGAGUCUUCAGAAUAUAACCAACUGUAUGAAGUUGCAAAGUUGGCUAUACAAUGUCUUAAACUUCAAGGUGAUGAGAGGCCAACAAUGAAAGAAGUGGCAAUGGAGUUAGAAGGUUUAAGAAUCAUUCAUAAUCAUUCAUGGUCAUGGAGGAAUCAUCAUCAUAACGAUCACUACAAUCCAGAAGAGGUUGAAGGUUUGUUAGUCCAUGAGGUACCAGAUCACAAUUCCUACGAAGAAAGUACUAUCUAUUCUGCAAAUUAUGAUACCAUGAGGAACCAUGCCAUAACACCAUUGGAGGUGCCAAUUAUCGCCCAAACCCAACCGGGAUGCUUAGAUCGUUGUGGCGAUAUUUCCAUCCCAUAUCCGUUUGGCGUGCGUGAAGGUUGCUUCCUUGAUUCAGCGUUUCUCGUCACUUGCAACGAAACCACUAAUAAGCUUUUCCUAGGUUCAAUUGAGAUAGUUGAUAUAUCUAUUUUCGGAGAACUUCGUGUUCUAUCUUGGAUUGGAAGUGAUUGUUAUAAGAAUAAUAUUUCUGAUGGUUGGAUUAGACCAUGGUUAACAGCCGGAACGUCGUUCUAUGUCUCGUCUCUUAAGAAUAAGUUUGUCGCCUUGGGCUGUGACACAAAUGCCGUCAUUACCGGCACUCAGGGACAAAGAUAUACGACGGGUUGCAUGUCCUUGUGUAACAGCAUGGACGAGAUCACAAAUGGGACUUGCUUGGGGAUUGGAUGUUGUGAAGCUUCUAUUCCCAAAAGGGUUCAAAGCUUUGAGAUACAAGUCACUAGUUACGACAAUCACUCGUUUGUAGAAAGCUUUAAUCCAUGCAGCUAUGGCUUUGUGGCUGAACAAGGAACUUAUACUUUCUCUACAGAAGACUUGGGGAAUUCUUUUCUUCUUAUAAACGACACGAGUCGGAUGGUACUUGAAUGGUCAGUAGGGAACACCACCUGCGAACAAGCCAAGACCGCGCCAUUAUUAUCUACUUAUGCCUGCAAGGACAAUACUAACUGUCACAACUUCGAUAAUGGAAUUGGAUACCAAUGCAAUUGUUCUAAUGGCUACCAAGGAAAUCCUUAUCUUGGUUGCACAGAUAUUGAUGAGUGUGAGGUUUUAAGGCCUUGCAACAUGACUUGCACAAAUUCACCCGGUUCAUACAAGUGUAGUUGUCCUCCUGGAUAUGAAGGUGAUGGCGAGACACAUCUGGGAUCUUCGGGUUGUCGUCGUAUUCCCAAAAAAAAGAUUCCUUGGAACAACAUUGUACUUGAUAAUGCAGGUGUUAGUAUAAGCAUAUCAGGUCUACUUCUUGGGGCAUCAUGGAUAUAUUGGGCUUUCAGGAAAAGGAAAAUCAUCAAGCUAAAAGAGAAGUUCUUUGAACAAAACGGGGGCAUUAUGUUGCGUCAACAGCUCUUCAAACCAGAAGGGGAAGCACAAAAUACUACUCGUCAUUCUUCCAACAUCUUUGGGGAAGAAGAACUCAAGAAGGCUACAAGUAACUACCACGAGAGUCGAGUUCUCGGCCAGGGAGGCCAGGGAACCGUGUAUAAAGGAGUAUUGACUAAUGACACAAUAGUUGCAAUCAAGAAAUCCAAACAAGUUGACAAAACACAAAUCGAGCAAUUCAUCAACGAAGUUAUAAUCAUCACCCAAAUCAAUCAUAGAAAUGUGGUGAAGCUCAUUGGUUGUUGUUUGGAGACUGAAGUUCCCAUGCUAGUCUAUGAAUAUGUUAGCAAUGGAACUCUAUAUGACCAUAUCCAGCAAGGCGAUCAUAAAAGACCUUUGCUUUCUUGGACAAACCGUUUGAGGAUUGCAACUGAAACAGCAGGUGCCCUGUCUUACUUACACGGUGCUGCUUCCAUACCCAUUAUUCACAGAGACAUUAAAUCGACAAACAUACUCUUAGAUGAGAAUUAUACUGCAAAAGUGUCAGAUUUUGGAGCUUCCCGUUUAAUCCCCAUGAAUCAAACUCAAUUGACAACAAUGGUUCAAGGGACACUUGGAUAUUUAGAUCCUGAAUAUUUUCAUUCUAGUCAGUUAACCGAGAAGAGCGAUGUGUAUAGUUUUGGAGUGCUUUUGAUUGAGUUGAUGACAAGCAAGAAGGCACUAGACUAUGAAAGGCCAGAAAAACAGAGAAACUUGGCCACCUAUUUUAUCGCUUCAUUCAAAGAAGAUCGAUGGCAUGACAUUGUAGAUCAAAAGAUGAUAGAUGAUUCGACGGAAUACAACCAUCUCUAUGAAGUAGCUAAGUUGGCCAUGCAUUGUCUUAAACUUCAAGGUGAUGAGAGGCCAACCAUGAAAGAAGUGGCAAUGGAGUUAGAAGGUCUACGAAUCAUGCAAAAUCAUCCAUGGAAGAAUCAUCAUCAUGAUCAAAACAAUCUAGAAGAGGGUGAAGGUUUGCUUGGCCAUGUGGUACCAGAUCACAAUAUCUCUACAACUAUCUCUUCUGCAAGUUAUGAUACCAUGAGGAACCAUGUCAUAACACCAUCAUUGGAAGGGGGAAGAUAAUUCAUCAAGAACUUUAUUUUAUUCAU